CAUAAACAAAGGGACGCCUUCAUCGGUGAAGUAGACUAUGGUGGGAGCUUUCCUAAGGAAACAACAAAUGAGCCUGUGCUAGCCAACUCACUUCUGUGCUUCGUCCUCAACGGCCUUUCAGUUUCGUUUAAAAUACCCGUGGCAUACUUUUUCACGAGAAAUUGCACUGGCCGCGAGCUGCACACGCUCAUGCGACACGUCCUGAAUGAAGUUGAAAACAUAGGAUUUUUCAUCGUGCGCAUUGUCACCGACAACCACAAAAUCAAUGUCUUAGCGUUCCAACUUCUAUGCAACGGAAGCCUCACGCAUUGCAUUGAGCACCCAGGAACACCGAAUCGAAAGCUUUUCUUAGCAUUCGAUCAGUGCCACUUGGUCAAAAACGUGCGCUCGCAGUUUUUAUCGCGUGACAUUGGAAAAGGCGGCGAAAUAACGGCGAACCACUUGAAGAGCCUCUACAAAAUGCAGCAAGGCAGCCUUGUAAAGCCAGUUAGAUUUCUAACGAGAAAACACGUGUUCCCCACAAACAUCGAAAAAAUGAACGUAAAAAGAGCAAUCCAAGUUUUGUCUCCUGCGGUGACAGCGGCAUUGAAGCUCCUGCAAGAGCAAGCGGGCCACACAUGCGACGCAAGUUUCGCGGGUGUCGGACCGACCGUUGAAUUCAUGGACACCGUGCACCGCUGGUUCAUGCUCAUGGACGUGAGCAAUUGUACCCAGCACAUACACCAGAACAAUGCCGAUUGCAAGCAGUUCGAAUUUACAAGCGAUGAACGGUUAAUCUGGCUUGAAACAAGCUUCCUCGACUACCUGGCCGAUCUCAAAAGCCAGUGCCUGGCGAAGAACUUCUUAACCAAGGAGACUUACGAAGGCCUGGUGAUGACAACUCGUUCAAAUGUUGAGUGCAUUCGAUAUCUUCUUGAAGAGAUGCGCUUUCACUUUGUUUUAACGAGAAAAAUGUCGUCUGACCCAAUCGAGUCGUUUUUUGGCUGGCUGAGGAAGUCAGCAGGGUCAAAUGAUCAAACGGAUGCCCGAGCUGUUCUGUCAGGUAUUGAGAAGACUCUGAAGACUGGCAUCGCGUCGGCGGCUGGUACGAGCAACGUAAUGGCAGCAGAAGGCAGCGAUUACUUGUCAACGCUGCCGCAACAGAAAAACACAAGGGAAGGAACCAGCGAGGAAUUCCCUGCAGAUGCAUGUAGAGAGCUCACAGAGCGACUCAAGCGAGGACAGCCUCUGCUUCCUACUCCAGAUGUCGCAGCAUUGGCUAUGGUCGGCGGCUACUUGGCAAGAGUUGUACAAGAAAAUAUCAAUUGCGAGGAGUGCGUCAGCCUGUUAAAAAAGCCAAACGCCUCGGCGCCCUCGGACUCGCUGAUAAAGCACCAAGACCGCGGUGGACUCAUCUACCCAUCGGGACAACUUUUAGCGGUUCUCUACGCAUUAGAGAAAUUUAUCGGCGUUCUUCUCGCAAGAAGAAGGCACAUGAAUCAGCCUUUGAAGGAGGCUGUGAGUAAUGCCGCUGCAAUACUCCGCGAGCACAAAACUUUGAUGUGCUCGACGCCAGGACACCAAGAGAACCUGCUGCAACUGUUGCUGACAAAGUUUUUUCGCCCAAUAUUCACAAAUUUUGCAUUGAAGGCGACAGACAAACACGACAUGGCUAAAGUGUUUGAAAUAAAACCGCUGUCACGAAAGACCCUCAAACUGUGAGCUUUGAUCUCACAGUUCGGCGCUUUUUGGUGAAGGGCUGGCUCUCCACAACAUGUUUUGUGUUGCUUACUUCCACUGUACAUUGUGUACGAACAUCAAUUUAACGUGCGAUUAUAUUUUAUAAUUCCAUCUCAAAUACGAACGCCAAACUUGUCUCCACGAGCGCGUGCGCAAGCGGCGGCGUCGCGUCGUCUGCUCUGGGACAGGGUAUGGGAAGGCAGCGUGGUCUGGUGGCGGGCGCAUGAACUAGGCGGUA